AUGGCCGUCGGGAAGAACAAGAGAAUUUCCAAGGGAAAGAAAGGAGGAAAGAAGAAGGCAGCUGAUCCAUUUGCGAAGAAGGAUUGGUAUGAUAUCAAGGCUCCUUCAGUUUUCUCGGUUAAAAAUGUUGGCAAGACUCUCGUUACCCGUACUCAGGGUACCAAGAUUGCUUCAGAAGGUCUUAAACAUCGUGUGUUCGAGAUCUCACUUGCCGAUCUUCAGGGUGAUGAGGACCAUGCUUUUAGAAAGAUCCGAUUGAGAGCUGAAGAUGUUCAAGGGAAGAAUGUUUUGACCAACUUCUGGGGAAUGAAUUUUACCACUGACAAAUUGAGGUCUUUGGUGAGGAAAUGGCAGACUUUGAUUGAAGCUUAUGUUGAUGUAAAAACCACCGAUAGCUAUACUUUAAGGAUGUUUUGCAUUGGGUUCACUAAAAGGCGUCCCAACCAAAUCAAGAGGACUGCUUAUGCACAGUCCAGCCAAAUACGUCAAAUUCGCCGCAAAAUGAGGGAAAUUAUGACAGCCCAAGCUACUUCUUGCGAUCUCAAGGAAUUGGUCCGCAAGUUCAUUCCUGAGAGCAUUGGCAAGGAAAUUGAAAAGGCAACUUCUAGCAUCUACCCGCUUCAAAAUGUUUUCAUUAGGAAAGUGAAGAUCUUAAAGGCUCCCAAGUUUGAUCUUGGAAAAUUGAUGGAGGUUCAUGGGGACUAUUCUGAAGAUGUUGGUGUGAAGUUGGAUAGGCCAGCUGAUGAGCCAAUGGCUGAGGUCCCUGCUGAAACUGCUUGA